AUGAUUGCCGAGAAACCCAGUUGGAUCAGGCAUGAGGGAAUGCAGAUCUUCUCCAUCGAUAUUCAGCCCGGGGGGCUGAGAUUCGCGACUGGCGGAGGAGAUCACAAGGUGAGUUUUCUUCUUCUUCCCGAGCCCAUCCAGAUUCUAGCCCUAUAGUAUCCUACAAGAAUGCCACGGCCUCUUUGUCUUUCUGUCUGUCAGGUCGGUCGGUCUGUCUGUCUGUCUCCCUCUCCCUCUCCCUCUCUCUCUACGAGUGCUUCCUUUCUACUGUCGAUUCGGCUUGAUUUUUUUUAUGCCUAGGUUCGAAGACAUCAAUUUAUCCCGAAAUAAUAGCUGUAUUUUCCACAAAUAUCGGUUAGAGAUUCAGAGCAUCCCGUUUGCCGCAGAAAAAAAUGGGUUUCUUUCAAAUUAUCUCGGAGGUAGACCAAUCUCUAUAUCUGCUAGUCGGCUUAUUGCCUCUUCAUGGUGUUUGAAUUGCACGGCUCUCUCUCUGCUCUCCAGCUCAAUCCUUAGCUGAUCAAGAGCUGCCCCGUUUGGUGCCACCGGCCAAUUUCUCUGAUGGGGCCCGAUCGGGGAAAGCCUGAAGUAGAUUAGCCAUUGGAGAGUUGGUGUAGAGCUAGGGGAAAAUAGGGAUACUCCUGCCUGCCGGUGGCAAUGCGAAAUGAGGCUCUUUGAUGGAGUAAUUAACUGGGUUGUUUUUUCCCCUUUUUGCUGUAAUGUUCUUGGCUCAGGUUCGAAUAUGGGACAUGAAGUCAUUGGCUAAGGAAUCAGAGAACGACCAGUCGACUCAGAAGCUUCUUGCCACCCUUCGCGAUCACUUUGGUUCGGUGAAUUGCGUCAGAUGGGCCAAGCACGGCCGGUUCAUUGCAUCAGGGUCUGAUGACCAGGCGAUUCUCAUACACGAGAGAAAGCCCGGGUCGGGCACCACCGAGUUCGGAAGUGGGGAGCCCCCGGAUAUAGAGAACUGGAAGGUUGCCAUGACUCUGAGGGGUCAUACUGCCGAUGUGGUAAUUUUCUUAGAUCAUCAUUUCCUUUUUUAUCACUUUUUUUUGUUUCUCUGCUUUGAAGAGAAAUUCUCAUCUCCUCACUGAUCUUCAACCAAUGCCCAUCUUAACUGAGGAUUGCUUUCCAUGCUUGAAGUAGGUAGAUCUCAAUUGGUCUCCGGAUGACUUGACGUUGGCUAGCGGCAGCUUAGAUAACACGGUCCAUAUAUGGAACAUGACCAAUGGGAUAUGCACAGCUGUCCUGAGGGGCCACUCCAGCCUUGUCAAAGGGGUCACCUGGGACCCCAUCGGCUCCUUCAUUGCUAGCCAGUCGGAUGACAAGACUGUCAUCAUCUGGCGCACCGCCGACUGGAGUCUUGCUCAUAGAGCAGAGGGGCAUUGGUCGAAAUCUGUACGUCCCCGGGGCCUCACCCAUCAAUUCGUUUCACUUCCUUCCUCCUUGAUCUUACUUCGUUCUGUUUUGCUCUUUUCCCUAGGUGGGAUCGACAUUCUUUCGGCGGCUCGGAUGGUCCCCUUGUGGGCAUUUCAUAACGACAACUCACGGCUUCCAGAAGCCCCGACACUCUGCACCCGUGUUGGAGAGGGGAGAAUGGUCAGCCACCUUUGACUUUCUCGGCCACAAUGCUCCCAUUGUAGUGGUGAAGUUCAACCACUCCAUGUUCCGCAAGAAUGUCUCCAGUGGCCAGGAACCGAAGGUGCCGCCCGCUGGGUGGACCAACGGCUCCACGAAGAAUGCAUCCAAAGAAUUGCAGCCGUACAAUGUGAUUGCGAUAGGAAGCCAGGAUCGGACAAUAACGGUGUGGACGACGGCCAGUGCUCGGCCCCUCUUUGUGGCCAAGCACUUCUUUUCCCAGAGCGUGGUCGAUCUCUCCUGGUAAAACACCUGAAAAUUGCACUCUCUUGAGCUUCUUUCUCACCGAUUACACUAUGUGGCAUAUAAAUAUUGGAGAUCCCCCCAUCCCACCCCACAGGAGCCCAGAUGGGUACGCCCUUUUUGCAUGUUCCUUGGAUGGGACGGUGGCGACGUUCCACUUUGAAGCCAAGGAGCUGGGCCACAGGCUGAGCGAUUCUGAGUUGGACGACUUGAAGAGGAAUCGGUAUGGAGAUGUGAGAGGGCGGCAGGCAAAUUUAGCCGAAAGCCCUGCACAGUUGCUGUUGGAGGCAGUGGCCGCCAAGCAGUCAGUUGUCAAGAGGGCGGCAUCUGGUGCUCAACAGCUCCAGCCACCGGCAAAAUCUUUGUCUGGUCAAGAGGGCCCAGCCCUUGACCAACCAGCUCCCAAGGCUCCAGAGGCCCCGCUCGAUGAUGGAAAGAAGGAGGGAGGAGGAGCUGCUGGUGAUGAGCUGGGUCGGGCUACUCCCGCUCGCGUGUCUAGCCCUGUUAAACAAAGAGAAUAUCGGAGGCCGGAUGGGAGGAGACGGAUAAUUCCGGAGGCGGUCGGGAUCCCUGCCCAUCAGGAGAAUAUCUCUGGUGCUAUGCGAGCCCAGGGGCUCGAAUUUUCCUCCUUGGGCACCAGUCAACAGAGAGAUGAGAACUUGAUGCUCUCUGAUAGCAGGGCGAGAGAGUCUGCCAUCAAAAGGCCGUUCUGUGGAAGCUCUGAAUCGAAGGUGCCCAGCAAGUGCGCACAGUGCGGCUCCAAGGAGCGCUUGGCGACCACUGCUCGGGCCAGCAUUCAUGAGAGCCUUGUCAUUGAGAAGGCUCCUGGGUCAGCUGGUGCUGAUGUAGAUGCCGUCGUUCCUCACUCCGGGUCGGCGAGCCUACCAAGCUCUCAGGUCUGCAGUUUUCUUUCCGUCCGGGUCUUUGGGAAGAAGGAAGACGACGAUGUGAGCUCGGUAUGUUUGGAGGCUAAACCCAUCGAGAAGGCAGCCCAUGAUAUAUCCGGUGUUGGAAGCACAUUUUCGACCAAGGAGACAGAGAUAUGCUGCACAAAGGGAAAUCGGGCUCUUUGGUCGGACAGGAUCUCCGGAAGGGUCACUGUUUUGGCCGGCAAUGCCAAUUUUUGGGCGGUCGGAUGUGAAGAUGGGUGCCUACAGGUAUGCCCGCGAGUCUUUUCUUUUGGCCUAAUUUAAUCAUAUUACUCUUGACAACCGCGCAGAUGGCUUCUGGUUCAUGCAACCUCUUGUUUUCAUUUAUUUUUUAAAAUAUAUAUUUUUUCUGUUGUUGUUGUUCUUGUGAAGGUUUACACAAAGUGCGGAAGAAGGGCGAUGCCGGCGAUGAUGAUGGGAUCUGCGGCUGUGUUUAUUGACUGCGAUGAGUCCUGGAAGCUGCUUCUUGUCACGAGGAAGGGAUUGAUGUAUGUCUGGGACCUGUUCAACAGGACCUGCAUUCUGCAAGACUCCUUGGCCUCCCUCAUCACCUCUGUGGAGAAUUCUCUCACAAAAGAUCCAAGUAAGUGUUCUUCCCAUCUUCUUCGUCGUGUAUCUGAAAGGAAAACGAUUUUGGGAGCUCCGUGGAGCGGGGUGUUGGGCGAUGGUGGAGAGUCUCAUGUGGAUUCUCGUCCCGCCGCCAUGAAUUAGAUAAUCUGGUUCCUUCACUUGUCUUGUUGAUGCCCGGAUGAACCAGGUCGUGUUCUUCUUUUAUCAGGAACGAUCAAGGUCAUAUCUGCGAGAUUCUCGAGGUCCGGCUCCCCCCUCGUCGUUCUCGCCACUCGCCAUGCGUAUCUCUUCGACAUGGGCAUGAAGUGCUGGCUGAGGAUAGCCGACGACUGCUUCCCCGCGUCGAAUUUCGCGAGUUCCUUGAACCUGGGCUCGGUCCAAGGCGGCGAGCUCGCCAAUCUUCAGAUCGACGUGGGGAAAUUCCUGGCGAGGAAGCCCAGUUGGAGCAGGUUCGUACGGUCUUACAGACGAGGCCUUCCUUCUUCCUCGAUCUGGCCUGGUUCUCUGAUAUGAAUGAGGAAUAAUGGUGGUCUAUCCACGGCAAUGUGGACAGGGUGACGGACGACGGAAUGCAGACCCGAGCGCAUCUGGAGGCGCAGCUGGCGUCGGCGCUGGCCCUGAAGUCGCCCAACGAGUAUCGGCAGUGCCUUCUCUCUUACAUUCGGUUUCUCGCCAGGUUGGUCGGUCUUAUUCAUCUUCUUCUUGGGCUCACAGUUGCCUCUGGUUCAUCCAUGGCUCUGGAGAUCAGACCAGACUGGCAUGGUCUUUGGGAGAGGAACCCAUUUUUAAUCCUACCCAGUAGGUGGGAAUCAGCAGCUGACAGGUUUCAUGGAUCUCUUCCAUUAUCUGCCUCACAGGGAGGCGGACGAGUCCCGCCUGCGCGAGGCCUGCGAGAGCUUCAUCGGCCCGCCGACGGGGAUGGGCGACUCGACCUCCUCGGAUACUCAAAGCCUCGCCUGGGAUCCCUGCGUUCUCGUGAGUAAUCUCUCUCACCGUGCCGACGACGCAAGAUUGAUCGGUCUGUUGAAGAGUUUUAGCGGUGGUUUCUGCAGGGAAUGAAGAAGCAUAGCCUUCUCCGGGAGGAUAUCCUGCCGGCCAUGGCGUCCAACAGGAAGGUCCAGCGCCUGCUGAACGAGUUCAUGGACAUCCUCUCUGAAUAUGAACCCAACGAAGUUGGCGGAGCCCCCCCCACUGUGGGGUCUGAUAAGCUGCCGGAGGUUGAAGGAGCUCCAAGAACCGCCGUUGCGGAUUCACUGGAGGAAUGA